GGCGGCCAUUUUGUGGGAUAGGGAUCCAGAGCUGGAGGGAGGCGAGGGUUUUGAUCAGCUCCCUACGGUACACUGCCGCACCGGCUCAUUCAACAACGUCUUUCUCCUGUUCGACAGUUUUCUUUGAAAAAAAAACAAGAAGAAGCGUACACACGGUUUCCAAAUACAGGGUGGUAAAACUGCUCCUUUGACAUAAGAUCCGUCCUGUUGCUCCAGCGGGUACUUGGGUAAAAGGGAGCGAUGGAUGAGAAGGCGUUUACCAAGGAGCUGGACCAGUGGAUCGAGCAGCUCAACGACUGCAAACAGCUGACCGAGAGCCAAGUGAAGACACUAUGUGAAAAGGCUAAAGAAAUUUUGACAAAGGAGUCAAAUGUACAAGAUGUGCGAUGUCCUGUCACAGUCUGUGGAGAUGUUCACGGGCAAUUUCAUGACCUUAUGGAACUUUUUAGAAUCGGAGGGAAAUCACCAGACACAAAUUAUCUUUUUAUGGGAGAUUAUGUUGACCGAGGUUAUUAUUCAGUUGAAACAGUUACACUCCUUGUAGCUCUUAAGGUACGUUAUCGUGAACGUAUCACAAUACUUAGAGGGAAUCAUGAAAGCAGACAAAUUACACAAGUAUAUGGUUUCUACGAUGAAUGUCUAAGGAAAUAUGGAAAUGCCAAUGUGUGGAAAUAUUUUACAGAUCUCUUUGAUUAUCUUCCGCUCACUGCCUUGGUUGAUGGCCAGAUUUUCUGUCUCCAUGGAGGCCUUUCGCCUUCUAUAGAUACACUGGAUCACAUUCGAGCACUUGAUCGCCUUCAGGAAGUUCCACAUGAGGGUCCAAUGUGUGACUUGUUAUGGUCCGAUCCAGAUGAUCGUGGAGGUUGGGGUAUUUCUCCCAGGGGUGCUGGCUACACCUUUGGUCAGGAUAUUUCUGAGACAUUUAACCAUGCUAAUGGCCUUACAUUGGUCUCACGAGCUCAUCAGCUGGUAAUGGAGGGUUAUAACUGGUGUCAUGAUCGUAAUGUAGUAACCAUCUUCAGUGCUCCAAACUACUGUUAUCGUUGUGGCAAUCAAGCUGCAAUAAUGGAACUUGAUGAUACCCUUAAAUACUCUUUCCUGCAGUUUGAUCCAGCGCCUCGCAGAGGUGAACCACAUGUUACCCGUCGCACCCCAGAUUACUUCCUGUAAAAUCUUAUGUACAGUAUUGCCAUGAAUUAAAAGUAUGCCUGACAAAAUUGGAAGAGCAACAGUAACUUCAAAUUACAAGAAAGAGUCUCAAACAUUCAGAAACCUGUCUUCACGGACCAAAAGACGUGCCAUAAUAAGUACAAACUCUGCAAAUAUCACAUUGUUCCUUUUGAGCACCAGUUCAUCAAUGCAUGCUGAUGUGUGAAAGUUAUGGGUUAAGAGCCAUGGUUUGAGCCUAGACCUGUUUGUAGACAAGUUACUUUUGCUUUUUUUUCCCCCAGAGAUUGCAGAGAUAAAGAUGUAAACAUUAAAAACUGCACCUCGUGAUAAUUUUUCUUUUAGCUAUAGCGUUACUAAGCAUGACUUGUAGAUAAAUAAAAAUAGCAGUAAACAAUCAAUGGAGCUUAAAAGAACAUUCAAAAGUAUAAAGGCCUCUUUAUUUGUGAGAGUACUGAAAUCUUGUUUCAGGGAAUACUGUUUAAUUUAAUUUCUGUCUCUACUAUUUUUCCCUUAUUUUGUCAUAAUAUCCAUAUGUUUAAUUGUACGAAUCAAAUCAUUCAUUCUUUCCUCUUUAUGGAAUCAUGACUGAGGUCUGCUACUUGUUUUUCAUAAUAAACUUGUGACCUAAGAAUUGAAAUAUUUCAAAUUUUAAUUGUAUUUGAGAUUGAAGAGCAAAUGCCUUUAUGUAAAAUGCUACACCAACACAUCUGAGUUUAUACAUUUAUAUGUAUUAAAGGCUCCAUGUUAAAAUAAUAAAGGCUGAAAAUACAGGUUAUGUUUGUGCAUUUAAGAGCAGGCCUAUCAGGCUUAUUCACAUCUAUCCGAUAUCUUGAUGGAACCUUAUUGAAAUCUGAGGAAAAUACAUAACAUAUCCAUAAAUAACCAAAGUUAUGAGUAAAAUCACUUUCCAUUGACUGUUGUAAUUGCUUUUGGCAUGUGUUGCAAUUAGUUUUGAAUCACUAAGACCAUAGUCAGUAUUAUAGUUUCUCAUACUUUUCUUAAGUCAACUCUCCUUAAAGUUUUCUCUAGUAAUUGAUGCCCUGAGUUCCAAAGACAGCAUAUUUAGUUGUUACUUUUGAUUAGCCCAGCGCAAUCCAAUCUGAACAAAAAUAGCCAAUUUGCCUUGAAUAAAAUAUUUGCCUCUGGCUGUUUUGGUAGUUGCGGUAGUCAUUUUAGGCUCUGUUCAUGGCUAUUUAAAGCAAGACUUUUUUAUUUGCUUGCUUUAACACUUCAUUCAUUGAUGGGACCGGCUGGCCCAAUAUUUGGUUUUAUUUAUCGUGUCUGCCUCUCAUUCUCUGUGAGCACCCACUCUUGUAUCGCAAUGUGUGUUUCUUUUCCUAUGGGAAAUGGAGUAAAGAUGUCAGGGAAAGCUAGAACACAUCAGAAAGCUAUAAAAGGGUAUGCUAAUAGAGGAGUAGCAGGAAGAUUAUGUGCAGCAUGGGCCAAUUUUUUAUACAUGCUGUGAAAAUUGCUGUUUUUCUGAAUUGCAGGAUCGUAAUCGAUAGCAGCUUUGUGCUGUUAACAUUCAACUAGAACAAUAGGCACUGAAGAUGACAUCUGGCUUCUGUAGGCCAGCAUACAUCACUAGAAUUGCAUUUUUGUUGCCAGAUGUUACUGCUACUUUCUAAUUGAGUAACAAUUCUACAUUAAUACAUAAACAAUGAUUUAUUUAUUGACACUUGCUAAUUAAUUUUCUAAAUAUUAUAAGAGAAGACAAUUAAUGUGCGAGGUGUUGAUUGCAUGAUUGAAUAGUGAAGCUAGUUAACAGCAAGUUGAAAGAAGCUUGUUUUGAUACAUUUGUCAGUUCAUGUAACUGAAUGGUGUGUCUUUGAUCUACUCUAGACGUCUGACUAUUUUGAGCAGUUGUUAUUGGAAGCUUGACUUGUUAUUUACUGAACUGUCAUGGCUUUGUUUCAUAUAACAGCGACAGAAGUUUCCCAUGUUUGAUGGGAUCUGGGGGCAUGUAAUUGGGAUUUAAUUAUUAAUGCCACUCUAUUCCCCAGGGUAAACAUGCAAGUAAACCCCCCCCCAAAAGAAAGUAAUGGCACUGGAUAUUGUAUGGUCGACCAGCUGAGGGAAUACUAUUUGACCAUUCUGCCAGUACAAGGUUUUUGAAUCCAGACCAGCUUUGACCUGAAUGUAAGGGAUGGAAGCGUGUUAUGAGUUUUUAUAUGCUCAGUGGGAACAAGGUAGUUUGUACUAAAUUAUUAGGCACAAAGACCAGAACAUCAAACUCAAAUGAAUGCUGAAAAUAAAGUGAUGUUCCCAGGUUAGACUAGGAGAUUAAAUUUUAAUAGUCAUGUGAGCUGUAUUCUCUAAUUAUGUGAACUUUAUUUACAUUAGCUAUCUUAGAAUUCUGGACUUGGCUUAUUUUUCUCUCAAGUUUGAACAUAAGCUGAAACUGACCUGAUCUGAUCUGUGAUCAGGCUAUGUCAUUUGUACAAUCUUCUUGUAACCGAAUAGUGUGCCUACAAAACUCUUUUCUGGAAGCUUAGCCAACUCCAUAACAUUCCAGUUAUAAUGUAGUUGUGUAUUAAAACUAGGUGAACUCCUCUGUGUACUUUCAUUAAACAAGUCAAUUCACUUAA